UUUACCUCACGGCGGCCACAAAUUUGUUUGCAAACUCCGAUAAAAUCGAAUUGGAUCGUGUGUUAACAAAAUGUUUCGUAACGUGACUGCUCCUGCACUAGCCUCGCGCUUGUUCAUCUCCAUCAACCAUCCCCGGAUAGCGCCGCUCACCAUUCCGCUUGCCUCGUUCUCCAACCACGCCCCCAGCAUCGCCCAAAUUCCGAUUGCCGCUCGCGUCGACCGUGGCCAAGGCGACCGUAACCGAAGGAACUAUCAGGACAAGCGGGGCGUUACGCCUUUACGUUUCCUAGUGGCCAGUUCCUUCCUUUCGUGGUUCUCCAAGAAAUCCGACGACGAAUCGCCCGAGAGUCAGCUGAUCACCAUCAUCAAACGAUCCAUACUUUCGAUACAGAAGGAAGAGUACCAGAAGGCGGAACAGAUGCUUCAUUUAGCACUGAAGAUGGCCCAGGACCUGCAGAGCAAAGACGGUGUCACGUACAUCUACGACAUUAUGGCAAAUCUUGCGAUGGAGGUGGGUGAUUUCGCUAAGGCAGAGAAGCUCUUCGUUAACGUCAUGCAGCGGCUCUUUGCGGACGGGUUCGUCGAGGAUCAUAUCAAAAUGUUGCACAUCAGCUCGAAGAUCGCUCAUCUAGCACAGCUGCAGGGUCACUUUGAUAAGGCGGCACAGGGAUUCGAAUGGACACUGGCAAAGCUGGAGGAACAGCUAAAACAAAUCAGUGACGAAAAUGUGCGCGAACUUCGCGAACUUUGGGGCAUCACAAAGAACUGGUACGCACAGCUGCUGAUGGAAGGGAAACGGUUCGCCGAGGCUAAGACGGCAUUCCAGCAAGCGUAUGAGGCGUAUACUGAAGUCCACGGGAAGCUAACGGAGGAAGGAUUAACUAUACUAAACAACCUGAGCGUAGCAUGCUCGAAUCUGGAAGACUAUGCUUCAGCAGAACGAUUUCUCAAGGAAGCGAUAGCACUGGCCGCUCAAAUACCCGAUCUCUCCGAGGCUGGUGUGUACAAGGCUAACCUGGGGCUGCUGUACCUGCAGCAGGGACUGCUCCGACAGGCAUCGGAGUUUUGUACGUUCGCUUGGCGUUAUGGCAAACAACACAAGCACGAGGAAACUGUGAUACAGGCCAACUAUUGUCUGGAGCAGAUCAAGGCCAUGCAAAAGUAAUCGUUGGGACGAUCCACAACACGUGAACCUUCUGAAGGUUCUGAAGUAGACGAUGAUCAAACCCUUGCACCCCAUCUAGCGUUAAAAAGUGACACUAUCUAUAAGGAGCCAUAGAAGCCCAUGCUGUUUAUAUGUUUGUAAGUCUAUAUUAAAGUGAAACUGUUCGUUUAAUGAAUACCUAA